UCUAUCAGGACCAUCAGCACCAUGAAAUCAGGAAACCAUUCCAAUACUGCAGAAUUCCUCCUCUUGGGACUGUCAGAGAAUCCAGAACUACAACCCCUCCUAUUCUGCCUGUUUCUGUCCAUGUACCUGGUCACUGUGCUUGGCAACCUGCUCAUCAUCCUGGCCAUUAUCUAUGACUCCCACCUCCACACACCCAUGUACUUCUUCCUCUCCAACCUGUCCUUUGUUGACAUCUGUUUCUCCUCCACCACGAUCCCAAAGAUGCUGGUGAACAUCCAGACACAGAGCCAAGCCAUCAGUUAUGCAGGUUGCCUCACCCAAAUCUGCUUUGUCCUGACUUUUGCUGGAUUGGAAAAUGGAAUUCUGAUAAUGAUGGCCUAUGAUCGAUUUGUGGCCAUCUGCCAUCCACUGAGGUACAAUGUCAUCAUGAACCCCCGACUCUGUGGGCUGCUGGUCCUGCUGUCCUUUCUUGCUAGUGUUCUGGAUGCCCUGCUCCACACUUUGAUGGCACUGCGGCUAUCCUUCUGCACAGACCCAAAAAUUCCCCAUUUUUUCUGUGAAUUAGCUCAUAUUCUCAAACUCACCUGUUCUGAUAUCUUCAUCAAUAAUAUCUUUGUGUAUGUAGUGACCAGCCUGUUGGGUGUUGUUCCACUCUCUGGGAUAAUUUUCUCUUAUACUCGAAUUGUCUCCUCCAUCCUGAAAAUCCCAUCAGCCGGUGGAAAGUAUAAGGCAUUUUCCACCUGUGGGUCACACUUAAUAGUUGUUUCCUUGUUCUACGGGACAGGUUUUGGGGUAUACCUUAGUUCUUCAGGUACACAUUCUUCCAGGAAAAGUGCGAUAGUAUCGGUAAUAUAUACAGUGGUCACGCCUAUGAUGAACCCAUUUAUCUACAGUCUGAGGAACAAGGACAUGAUAGGGGCUUUGAGGAAGCUCAUCUCUAGAGUACCAUCUUUGCAUUGA